AGAUCGUUAUAAUAUAGAAUUUGUUCCAUCUCCAAAAUUAUUUUUUGUUGUAAAAAGUUAUCACAAUAUUUCAUUGAAUUCUUAUAUUAAAAAGAUAAACUAUAAUUAAACAUUCGGUAUUUUAUAACAUAAAUUUCGUGCUUAAGAAAUGGCUCAGCUUCCAGAAUGUCCGGAAAGCCUAAAAAAAAUUCAGCAUUAUAUGAAAAUUGCAUCCGAACAUGAUAAUAAAGAUCCAGUUAUUAGUUAUUGGAGCCGUUUGUACGCUCUACAAAUUGCAUUGACAAUAGAUAAAUCAUCAAAAGAAGCUAAACAUUUCCUAAUACCUUUAAUGGAUUGGUUGGAAAAACAAAAGAACGCAUUAAAAGAAAAUGAUAUGAUAAUAAAUGAAACCGCAGCUCAAGCUCAUUUUGAAAACUAUGCAGUAAGGUUGUUUAAUGCUGCUGAUACAAUGGAUCAUCAAGAAAAUUACAAUAAAAAUAUUGUUAAGUUAUUUUUCACUGCUGGCCUACUUAUGGAUGUCCUCAGUGUAUUUGGUGAUGUUUCUGAAGAAAUUUUAAAUACACAAAAAUAUGCAAAAUGGAAAGCAACAUAUAUACAUAAUUGUUUGAAAAAUGGUGAAACGCCAAUUUCUGGUCCACCAUCAAAUAACAAUGAACCACUAAGUUUUGAUUACACCAAAUUAGAAAAAGAUAGUCGAGGUUCUUUUGAUAACACUACACCUUUAAUUUCCUCUAAUGCACAGCCUGGCACAGAUUUUCCUAAUUUAGGAGAUACACCUUCGACACAUAACAAUUCAAAUGAAUAUUCUUAUCCAUCUAUUUCAACUGGAAUUCAACCAGUUAUAUCAGAAGGUGGAUCACUUGUAUUAAAAGAUGGAGUAAAAUUAACACCAAAUCAAAUUACUAAAGUUCAAAAAUACUGUAAAUUUGCUUCCAGUGCCCUAAAUUAUGAUGAUGUGUCAGAAUCUAUAAGUAAUCUACAAAAAGCAUUGAAAUUAUUAACGACUGGUGAAGAAUCAUAAUUUAUAAGCUUUUUUUUACAUGUUAUUUAUUUAUAUUUAAAUACUUUUUUGUGUUUUUAAUGUACAUGUAAUAGUGAAAACUAAUUAUACUUUAUAUUAUUAAGAGC